AUGGGGGAUAUUCCGAAUUCCAUGGAACAUGUGGAUCGGCGCGAACUGUACACGUCGCUCCCAGUUCGAGUUCAAUACCUCCAGCAAUUCCUUGAAUUCGGAGCAGGCAAGCACUCUCCCUCCGCCCAGAGAGCUUCUGAUGCCGUUCGAGCAUCGAGCUAUGAUGUCGUUGCCCUGAUCGAGGGACAAAAAUACAUCAAAGCCAUUAUCCCGGCCAUCGUCAACAUGGUCUACAAGAAGUUGCUGAAACACGACAUCACGGCCCGAGUUUUCAGUACACGAGAUAGUCGUGUCGAAGAAAACCCCGUCAAAUGGAUCAAAGAAGACGACGCACAGAUCAGGCAUCGGAAGAUGUUCUUGAGAUGGUACCUGACGAAACUCAAUUCCGACCCCAGUAAAAUGGAGUACUGGCAAUAUCUGGACAAAGUAGGGCUGAUGCAUGUCGGCAAAGGACGCCGCAAUCCUCUCCAUGUGGACUACAUAUUCCUCGGCGUGUGUCUGGGCUACAUCCAGGAUUCGAUGACGGAAGCCAUCCUCUCACACCCGCGAGUGGAGCUCACGCAGAAGAUUGCCAUCGUCAAGGCCAUCGGCAAGGUGAUCUGGAUCCAGAACGACCUGAUGGCGAAAUGGCACGUCGAGGACGGCCGGGAGUUCUUGGACGAGGACAUCGAGGAGGACAUGGAGGCCGAGGCGCGCGAGCCCGAAGGCUACCUCAACGGGAAGAGGAUCCUGGGCAACGGGGGAGGAAACGACGACGACUCAAUCGCCGGGACGGUGUCGUCGACCUCGUCGGAGAAGAGCACCACCAGUCUCGGCCGGACGAUGGAGCAGGUCCGCCUGGCCAACGAACAGCAAAAGAUGACCUGCCCCUUCAGCGGCAUGGUGAACGGCCCAGAGGACAUGGAGAAUCAGCGAGCCGCCACGUGGCGGCCGAGCCGGCGCGAGCUGUUGCAGCCCGAAGCAACGUCUCCUCCUCCGACCGGCAUCCCACGACUCCGGGUGAUUGAUGGGAAGACGAGCUGUAAGGAGAAUCUCGGUCCGAAUCCAUUUGCGUAA